AUGACACAAAAGCACCCCGAGUCGCCUCCUUUCCUCGACUUCAUUGUAACACCAGAGACAUCGCAAACAUUUCCGAAGAACCACUGUGGAGUUCGGGUUACAAGAUCUCCCGCCAUUAAAAACCCCCUUUACCUGCAGAUGGUGCCGGAAGUGAUUCAUGGCGGUGGCCUAGUCUUGGCUCUCUUUGUCGCGAUAGUCACUGCAGUCCCGAUUCUCAUGGGAUACUGGAGCAUCUUCUCCGCCACAUCCCCUCGUCUUAAUGAGAAGGUCAAGGUGCCAGGUCGUCCAGUGGAAGAUUAUCUCCACUUUCAUAAGGAGAGUGAUCGCCUCAGAUAUCGUGGUCGAAGAAGGAUUGCAAUGGAAGUGUUCUAUGAAAUGUACUUUCGCGGCGACGUGGAGUUCAAACAAGGGGAUUGUUUGGACAACCUCGAGUACCGUCAUGAUUGGGCCUCGUUUAGCUUUUCCUGGGGCGUAUUCAGGCACUUUUUGUUUGGUUUUAUACCGGAAUUGAUUGUCCAUUCUCGCUCUCAAGAUGAGGAACAGGUAGGCGGCAACUAUGAUCGUGGCGACGACUUCUACGCAUGGUUCCUUGGCCCUCGUAUGGUGUAUACUUCAGGUAUCAUCAGCGAUGUUGACAAGGAGGAGUCACUCGAGAAGCUUCAAGACAACAAGUUAGCUGUUGUAUGCGAGAAGAUCGGAUUGAAACCAGGGAAUUCUAUGCUGGAUAUUGGCUGCGGUUGGGGAGCCCUGGCUACUUUCGCGAGCGUCCACUACAAUGCCCAUGUCACCGGCGUCACUCUGGGUCGCAAUCAAACGAAAUGGGGCAACACGACCCUUCGAAAUGCCGGCAUAGCGGAGUCACAAAGCCGAACCCUCCGCAUGGACUAUCGCGACUGUCCCCGGAUACCUGGGGGAUACAAGAAAAUCACUAGCCUUGGGAUGUCGGAGCAUGUGGGUGUCCGCCAUUUUCGUGGCUUCCUGCGUCAAGUCUAUGACAUGUUAGAUGACGAUGGCCUACGAAAGUAUUGGCAAUAUGAAGAUUUGAUAUGGGGGCUCUUUAUGAACAAAUAUGUCUUCCCCGGAGCAGAUGCAAGUACUCCCCUGGGUUGGCUUAUUGAUCAGCUUGAGGCUGCUGGUUUUGAAGUGAAAAAUAUCGACACCGUUGGUGUCCAUUAUUCUGAUACGCUCUGGCGUUGGUAUCGCAACUGGCUGGCCAACCGUGAGAACGUCAUGGACAAAUAUGGUGCCAAGUGGUAUCGGAUCUGGGAGUUUUUCCUUUCAUGGGCAACCAUUGUCUCUUGCCAAGGGGGAGCAGCGUGCUAUCAGAUCGUUCUCGUCAAGAAUCUCAACUCUACCCAUCGGGUGGAGGGAGUGUCCACCCAGUUUGGCAUUUCCGGUUCAAUCAAGUCGGCGUUUCAGAGGAGCGGUGCUGUACUCAGUGCCUAUAUUCCGUGA